AGAGCCCAAGAACACUGGUGGCCAAAGGAUGGUGUCUUGUGAAAGGAGGGCAAGCAAAAGUGUAGGACAAAUUUUGCUUUGGGAUUUUGGUUACACCUGCACACUAUCCCACAGAAGGAGGAACAGCACUGAAAUCCUUUCUCGCAGUCUUCCUGCAUUGUACACAGGCAGCUCUGCAGGGAAGUCUGUGACUGCCUGGCCAGACUUAGGGCUCAUGCUCUGGUCAGAGUCAUGGCACCCCAGACUCUGCUGCCUGUCCUGGUUCUCUGUGUGCUGCUGCUGCAGGCCCAGGGAGGAUACCGUGACAAGAUGAGGAUGCAGAGAAUCAAGGUCUGUGAGAAGCGACCCAGCAUAGAUCUAUGCAUCCACCACUGUUCAUAUUUCCAAAAGUGUGAAGCAAAUAACAUAUGCUGUUCAGCCUUCUGUGGGAACGUUUGCAUGAGCAUCCUGUGAGUGGGAGAGUGGGCUGGGAUGUGCACCCUGCCCCCUGAACCCUUCCAUCCGAGACUGUGCCCACAUCUGAAGCACAAGGACAUCAACAGGAAUGCCACCCUCCCCACUGGCUGAACUCCUUGUCCCUGUCAAAUAAACCAGAACAAAUGCCCAUGGA